AUGAUGAUGACGCUGUCGAGCGGUCCGGCCGCUAAUGUGGCCGACCAAGUUACGGACGGUACUCAUCAUCUCCCCGAUGCCACCCAACCACCUACCCCGGAUGCCACCCAACUAUCUACCGUCGCUGCCAGCGACCCCAACGGAACCCCCCACGGCAAUACUCCGAAGCGUCCUCUCUUCCGGUCCUUCGUUGAAGGGCUCCCGCCCUACUUGAAGCCGAGGCCUUCCACGAACACCCUCCGGACGCACAGCCGCAACAAUAGCUUCGCUCGCGAUGCUUCGUCGGGCGAUACCAACACACCCAAGACGUCCGCAGAAGACCAGGACUCAGCAUCCUCAGAGGACGACACGCCCUCAUCCACGUCGGAUGGAGCUCGCAAAGGCGAGAAGACCGAGGGCAGGAGAUUCUUCCUGGGUCACAGGCCCUCGCCUUCUCAGAGUGACGAAAAGCCUACGGAGAAGGUUCCGAGCGAGAACUGGAACGUCCAGCGCCUGCAUUUCCCACAGUUGGGCGACUAUGUGCCCCAGGAGCUCUCCUAUCAUGAUCUGUCCUGCGAAUAUCGCAUCUCUACUCCUGGGCCAUAUCCCCUUAAUUGGAAUCGGUCGACUUUGACUACUCAACAACAGAACGAGAUACUCUUCUGGCGCCUAUCGGGUGGGGCAACUAUGUUCCCCUGCGCCAAUGCGCCUCGCUCAGUGCUCGACCUCGGCUGCGGGGAAGGCUGGUGGGCGACAAAUGCCGCCAAGAUCUGGACGAACACGCAUUUCGUCGCGCUUGAUAUGACAAACGUGCACUCACUGAAGCUCAAAGAGAAGAAGAACAUCACGCCCGUGUGCUGUAACUUCCUCACGCACACCCUUCCCUUCGCAGACGAAUCCUUCGACUUCGUCCGGUUGAGCGGGCCGCAACUAGCUCUCCGCGAAGGCGGGGACUAUCAAUUCCUCUUCCGAGAGGCUCGUCGCGUUCUGCGAGUGGGUGGUCGACUGGAAGUGAUCAUCGACGACCUGAUCUUCCCAUAUGGGGGUCGCAUCGUCGAAGGAGCGCCUCUCCCUAAAUCGCUCGCUUGCUCCCACUUGGGGGAACUUCUUGCCCAAGGCGAGGCGAACCCAGUGCCAGCGGACAUUUCCUGGAAGAGAAGUAGCCGCCCGCUCUCUCGCAUCAUUGAGGACGAUGAGGGGGUGAUGUCCAUCGAGCAGCUCCUUGCGCAGAGUCAGCCUUGGCCCGACAACAAGCCUGUGCCCCCUUCCGGCUUCGAUGCUACACCUGCCUGUACCCCUACGAUCGAGACGCCCGAGACGCCGAGCACGCCAAGCACCUCCCAAUGGAAGAACAAGCAGCCUCUGAUCAAACUACCUAGCCUGCUGAAGAUAACUUGGGAGACGCAGCCGGUGAAGGUCAUCGACCCUGAGCCGCGCGAGGAGCUCCUUGUGGCCAGCAACGAGGGCGACGACGCCGGAAAAGUUUCGGAGCCGCAGGUUUACGUGCAAAUCUGCUUCAAGCUGCCCAAAUGGGAAAGACCACCAGCGGUCGAGGAGGACCCUGUCCUGGACAUCGCACACGAUGCCUUCGCAGUGCGCCCUGGACUUGCGGCCGGACAGACCCCCGCCGACCGCGCGUCCGCAGGUCCUGGCUGCGUCAGUGUUUCCUUGGCCUGGCUUGAGGGCCUCAACAAGAGCCUCAGUAUCGAACGGAAUUUCCUGGAGAUUCGCGCCAACAACAACCUCCCGGAACAUCCGCACAUCGUCGCACGCAAAGCCCUGCUGGACGUUUUCGGCGUGGAUAGCGUGCACGAGAUGUUGCCAUACGAGGUCAUGUUGGCGCCGCCGGAUGCAGCACUUCGGCACAAGCCUAAGAGUAAACGGGAGUCGAUGCUGGAGCUAUCCGAAGACGAUGAAUCAUUUCUCGGGCCAUCGGGGACCACACCAUCCCCGGCCCCGACGUCAGCAUCUCCGCCUGCGACCGACCCUGCUACUCCUGUCAUUCCGCGGCCACCACGAUCUUCCUCUCUGCCGCGAAGGCGAUCCUCUGUUCGCCGAUCCGCGUCCACCGACACGCUGCGACCGGGCUCUGUUGGCGUGGAUGACGAGGACGACGAGGAAUUGGACUUCGGCUGUGGUAUGUCGUCUUCGUCACGUACGCCCCAUCGUCCGACGCCUGGCCUGGUCGUAUGGCCCUCGCGAUAUAUCCCCAUGUCGGAGCUGGAAGUCGAAUAUCACGCCAGCGCGGGACCAUCGAAUGUGUUCGCUGCACGCGGGCCGUUACGAGGUUACGCUCUGAGCCGGACCCAGUCCACAGAUGACAUGGAAGCUUUGUUAGAGGACUACGAAGAGUUCCGCCGGGCGCGCUUCCUCUGGCGUACUUCUGCGGAUGCAUCUGCGGGCCGCACGCCACAGCUCUCUGAUAUAAGAGUGCUAGAAAAGCGGGAGAUGAUGGGUUACGACCUGUCCACCACCUUCGGCAAGGAGGUACCGUACGAGCGAGAUAGUCUCGUCCACAUACGCACGAUCCGCCCCUUCCUCGCCAUAAAGACCAGGUCUAGCGCAUAGACAGACUUCCCAGUUUCUUAUCCUCCGUUCGAUUGACACAUUGAUCAUAUCUGCGCCUACUACUUACUCCCACUCUCAUUCACUUCUUUCUCAAUCGUAACACAUCGACACGCUCAUUGGUAUCUAGUCUCCUCGUCUUGUCUCGACAUCACAUCACCUAUUAUUCUCUGUCUCGCUGUAUCAUUAACUAAAUUAUGAUCUGUCUUAGUAGCUGUAGGGGCAAGCCGCAAGACGAAC